GUUCCAACCUCCUAACAGAAUACAGAUGAGGUAAAAUAUAUCAAUAUAUAGGUAUAUAAAUAUUAAUUACAAUAAUUAUGGAAACUAAAAAAAUAAGUCAAAAGGAGUAUUUAAAAAAAUAUCUCAAAAGCGGUAAUGAUAAAAAAAAUAAAACUAAAAAAAAGUUGAAAAUCAAAAAUCCAAGAGUAACAGUCAUUGAUGACGACAUCAACUUGGAAAACAUACGUCCUAUGGACGAUGCAGAAUAUGAUAUUAUCAAUGCAACAGAAGAUGCACCGAUGAUAGUUGGUGUUAUUGAUGAACGUGGACCAGUUGACUUUGAUGAUAAAAAAAAGUGGAAAAUAAUAGCUGAUGAUGGUGAUGGAAAUGUUGCGGUUAGUUCAAAUAAAAAUAAUUGUGAUAGUAAUGAUAGUUAUGGCAAAGUAUCAAGAAAUAAUACUCAAGAACAAUUGAAUAAUAAAUUAACAAAUCAUGAUAGAAAUGAUUUAACUGAAAAUGAGCAACUGCCUUCUAUUAAACAGUCAACAUCUAGGCAUAAUAAAUCUCAUAAGCGACAUAGAAGUCGGUCUGACUCUAACUCAUCUUCACAGUCAGAUUCAAAAAAUGACAAACGAUCAAGUAAUUCUAAAAGACAUUCUGACCUAAGUCCACCCAGAUCUUCGCAUGACCGUAAGAAUUCAGAAAAAUCUUCCCAACAAACUGAAUAUGACUCUGAUUUAGACGUACCAAGAGUGUCCCAUAAAUCUUCACGUGAAAGAAAGAGUAAGCAUGAUCGACAUUCAAGAUUUAAUUCAGAAUCUGAUUCAAGACACGCAAGAUAUUCUGAUUUCAAUUUGAGUCCUUCCAGAAAAUCGAAAAAUAAUUCACGUGAAACAAAACAAACGAGAGAUGAUUCCGAUUCGGAUUUAAAUCUUCCCAGAAAGUCCAGUAAUAAUUCACGUGAGUCAAAUCAGAUGAGACAUGAUUCAGAUUUAGAUUUAAGUCCUCCUAGAAAAUCAAAGCAUCACUCACGUGAGUCAAAACAGACAAAUCAUGGAUCAGAAUUAAAUUCGAGUCAUAGAAAAUCGAAGCAUCAUUCACAUGAAUCAAGAAAAUUUAGACAUGAUCAGAAACAUUCAUCUCGGCGUCAUGAAUCAAGAUGGAGUAAAAAUACACCACCACCUUCAACUUCAGAUGCUGAUGGUCGAUUAAAAAAGACUUUGGAUGGUAAAACUGCUGGCUUACAGGAUGCUGCAGGAUUAAGAGAAGAAACUUUCGCUCAUAAACAAAAAGAAAAAGAAAUAUUUAAUAAUAUGAGUGCUGAAGUAAGUGGAUAUGGUCAAGCUCCAGUAAUGAGAGACCGAAAAACUGGUAAACGACGUGAUUUAAAAGCUGAAGAAUUGGAACGUCAAGAAAAAGAAAAACGUCAGCAAGAAAUAAAUGAUAAAUAUUCUAAAUGGGGACGAGGACUUAAGCAAGUUGAUGACCGGACUGAAAAAUUGAAACAGGAUUCAUAUGAGAUGACUAAACCAUUGGCCAGGUAUGCUGAUGAUGCUGAUCUUGAUGCUCUCCAAAGAGCAGAGGAACGAGAAGGAGAUCCCAUGCUGAAUUUUAUAAAAGAAAAACAAAUAAAAGAAGGCAAAAGACAACCAGACAAACCAAGUUAUCAAGGCUCUUAUAUGCCCAAUCGGUUUGGUAUAAAACCAGGCUACCGUUGGGAUGGAGUUGAUCGAAGUAAUGGUUAUGAAAAGAAAUGGUUCGAGGCUAAGAAUGCUCGUGUUGCUGUUCAAGAAGAAGCCUACAAAUGGAGUACGUCUGAUAUGUGAAUGAUUUUUUUUAUUUUCGGUUUUAUUGACUGAAAUAUUUUUAAAUAAAUUGAUGUAUAUAAUUUUUUUUUUUAAAUUAUUAAAUGAAUACGUAUUACAUAAAAUGCUAUAUUGUAUAAUAUGUUAGAGGUAAUUAACUGUAAAAACAAGAUAAUAAUAAUUUAUAUUAUUAAGAAAAGACGGAAAAUUUUGUUCCAGACAUAUCUACAUGAUAGAAUUACUUAAUGUUCUUAAAUAUGAUAUUGUUAAUAAGGUCUUGACUUAACUCAGUGCCUUUUCAUGAAUUAAACUCUUUUUUAUUGCCAAGUAUCGAGAUGAAUCAGUUUAUCUAUAUCAUUUGAAUUACAUUUAAAUUGCACGGGAAAAAAAGAUCGUAUUUAUUUUCAUUAAAAUAAAUUAAUAUUUUAAUUAUUCUGUUACUGAAUAUGACUUAAUGUAUUUAACUAUCAUAUAUAUAAUUAAGAGAGUAAGAAAAAUUUACUCCAUGUCAUGUCUCCUUUGAUAAUAAAAAUUAAACAAAUUUAAUUUGGUAUCAGUGAAUAAAAAUAUAUUAGAUUAAUAAAAAAAAUUUGACCGUA